UUCAUCCCGGAAUAUUAGCGUCAUCGCCGCCGCCUCCUGAGUCCAUCCCUCAUCGUUGCCUCUUUACCUUCCUCCAUCUCUCUCUCAGGAUCGAUCUGCUGCUCCGCCGUGCCCCAUCUCUUUCGUCGGCGCUUCCUUCACUGCCUCUCUCUCUCUACCUCGGUCGCUGUCGUCGUCGUUGAAGUGGGGCACCACCACCAACAGAACGAGAUCCUUGUAUUUGACGAAGGGUCAUGGCUUGUUAGGAGGAGGAAGAAGAAGAGAAAGGGCGGGUGCAAUCCUUAGAGACCGCUUCAUGGGGAGACCGACUCGGCGUCAUUCUUAGUUCCGCACCAAUUGUGGCAAGGAAUUACCUAAGAACACCACGAUGCAUUAUUCCAAUCGAUGGGGCGGGUCGUUCGACAUCCAACACGAUUCUCACGCGGAUGACGUGCAAAGCAGCAACAUGGCGAUCGACAAGGCGGCGCUUCUCCGCGAGCAACUAGACGAGACGCAGCAGGGGUGGCUUCUCGGUCCCAGGGACGUCAAGAAGGACAAGUACAUCGACCUGUGGAUCGUUGUCUGUAAGAAGGAGAUGGUGAAGUGGGUAGUGUACUCACUUUUGAUUGCAUUCGUUGUCAUCGGAGUCCCCAUCGUCGUCGCAAAGAUGAUUCCGACGCACAAAGAGCCGGUGCUGCUGCCGGACGAAUACACGGUGGCCCUCCGCCUAGCCCUCGAAUUCUUCAAUGCACAAAAAUCUGGUAGGCUGCCGAAGAACAAUGGAGUGCCAUGGAGGGGGAACUCUGGCCUACAAGAUGGAUCGGAGUUAUCGGACGUGAUAGGUGGGCUAGUUGGAGGUUACUACGACAGCGGGAACAACAUCAAGUUCCAUUAUCCCAUGGCCUUUUCCAUGACACUGCUAAGCUGGUCCGCCGUGGAGUAUGGUCCAAAGUAUGAAGCCAUCGGAGAAUACGACCAUGUCCGGGACAUCAUCAAGUGGGGCGUCGACUACUUGCUUCGCACCUUCAAUUCCUCUGCCUCAACCAUCAACAAAAUGUAUUGCCAGGUGGGGGUUGCACAAAGAGAUUCCAACAAUCCGGAUGAUGAAUACUGCUGGCAGAGGCCAGAGGACAUGAACUAUCCUCGGCCGGUGCUGACUUCUACUUCCGCACCUGAUUUGGGAAGCGAGGUGGCUGCAGCCUUAGCUGCUGCUUCACUUGUAUUCACGGAGGAGGACACUGCUUACUCUACCAAACUGGUCAAGGCAGCGAAAACAGCUUACCAGUUUGCUACAGAGUCAGGGCAGCAAGCACCAUACUCAUCUGGGAACCAGCAGAUAGCAAGGUUCUACAACUCCACUGGGUAUUGGGAUGAGUUCAUAUGGGCCUCUGCUUGGCUGUUCUACGCCACUGGAAACUACACCUAUCUGUCGCGUGCGACCGAUCCCCGCGUCUAUCAUAAUGCUAAUGCUUCCUUCUUGAAGCGCCCGGAUUCGAGGGUGUUCAGCUGGGACAACAAGCUUCCGGCAGCCCAGCUACUCUUGUCAAGGAUUAGGGUUUUCUUGAAUCCAGGAUACCCUUACGAAGACAUGCUCAGUGAGUUCCAUGCUAACACAGACAUAAACAUGUGUUCUUAUCUCCGUCAGUUCAACGUCUUCAACUGGACCAAAGGAGGACUUGCUCAGCUGAACCGUGGGCGGCCUCGGUCACUGCAGUAUGCAGCGAAUGCAGCCUUCCUUGCAUCCCUCUAUGCUGACUACAUGAAUGCUAGCCGAGUCCCCGGAUGGUAUUGUGGACCCAAUUACUUCAACUCAAGCACACUUCGAAACUUUGCAGCCUCUCAGAUCAACUACAUCUUGGGAGCCAAUCCCGGGAAUAUGAGUUAUUUGGUAGGCUAUGGGCAUAGAUACCCGAAGCAUGUGCGCCACCGAGGUGCUUCUACCCCCAACAAUGGCCGCCGGUACUCGUGCACUGGUGGAAGGACGUGGCGAGACUCCAAAGCAGCGAAUCCUAAUGUCAUCACCGGUGCCAUGGUCGGUGGCCCUGACAAAUACGAUCGCUUCUUCGAUGAGCGGAAGAACGGGAACUACACCGAGCCGACGCUGGCCGGGAAUGCUGGACUCGUUGCAGCCCUGGUCUCUCUUACAAGCAGCAGCGGCGUGGGCGUUGACAGGAACACCAUCUUCUCUGCCGUGCCAUCUCUCCACUCCAAUAAACCUCCGCCACCAUCCAAUUGGAAUCCAUAACUCACUUUUGAGUGGAAUUAAAAUAAUAGCGUUCAUACCAAAUUCAGUCAAAACCUUGCUAGUUCUUCUAUUUCCUGCAGAAAAAACUUGCGAUUCACAUGGUGGUGGUGUUGAAAGUUUGUCUUAGUACAAUAACAUGCAACAUUAGUUUUUAUUAGCAGAUGAUUGUUCGU